AUGGCGGCCGCUUUGCAGCUGGCGUGCUUUUUUGUGGCUCUGCUUUCCACCGUGUUCCUGGGGGCAGCGACCUGGUCCGACUGCUGGAUCGUGAACGCCGAUGAUAGCCUGGAGGUCAGCCACAAAUGCCAAGGACUCUGGCGGAAGUGCGUCACGAACCUGCAGGACGGCAUUAAGACCUGCGAUCAGUUCGAUUCCAUUUUAGCAGAACACCCCAUGAAAAUUGUGGUGACGAGAGCUUUGUUGAUCACUGCUGACAUGCUUUCGGGCUGCGCCCUGGUGCUCUUGGCGGGAGGUCUGGAUUGCAUCAAAAUCUUCCAGGAUGAGCCACAGAUAAAACAGAAGAUGCACUCGGUGGCUGGAUUGGCACUCGGGACCGGAGGUGCGCUGGGGCUGGUGGGCUCCCUCUGCUACGCCGUCAACGCCUACCUGGAGAGGGUUGCCCACGUGCCUCACAACGUCUUUCUGGAUGCCCACCAGGACUUUGGGUGGUCUUGCUGGCUGGGAUUGAUUGGCUCGGUGGGAAAUUUGGUGGCCUGCCUUAUCCUGUCGUGCUGUCUUCAUUGUUCCUAUACAGGUCAGUGA